AUGCAUAAGCAGCCGCCCCAGCACCCUAGCGGUACAACCGCCGCCGCUGCUCUUCUUGCCGUCGCGCCUCCCUUGCGCCGCCCCAUCACCACACGCGUGCUUCCGCCGCGUCGUAGCCCCUCGCGCCUCCGAUCACGUCCGUUCCCAACCGACCCGAUCGUGUUGCGUGCUACACCAGAGGUCCCUCGCAAGCACUCGCCGCACACCACCGUGCUCACCGCCUUGCCACCGCCGGCCCACUCCGACGUUGCCGCCCUUCUCAACAAGGAGCAAAUCGUCGUCCUCGCCGUCUCUCUUCAGCAGACCCGGCUGCAGCCCCACGAACCCGAUUUGGGUGUUUUGGGUCACACGACCCGUUUCUCUGUUACCGUUUCUAUGGCUACCUCCGACUCCACCAAUGGCUCUCCAACCGGCGACACCACUAUGAUCCCUACGCCCACGGAGUCGCCGUCCUCUUCUGCCAAGCCAGCUUUUCAUCCGGCCCUUGCUGUCACAAAUAUCAAAAACAACAUUCCUUUCAAACUCGAGAUAGACAAGGAUCAUUAUGCUAUGUGGGCUGAAUUGUUUGAGACUCAUGCUCACGCCACUCAGGUGCUCCACCACAUCAUUCCUCAAGCUGACAUGGAGCCUCCUGCGCGCACCGAUGCUUCCUAUGCCCGGUGGGCCACUCUUGACUCCACUGUCAAACAGUGGAUUUAUUCCACCAUCUCCUUUGACCUUCUCUCCACUGUUAUGGAGAAAGGUUCUACUGCUAUGGCUACUUGGAACCGUAUCGCUUCUAUGUUUGAGGACAAUCAGAAUUCGCGUGCUGUGGCUCUCGACCAGGAUUUCAUCUCCACUCGCAUGGAGGAUUUUCCUAGUGUUUCGGCCUACUUCCAGCGUCUGAAACAUAUCUCUGAUCAGUUGAGGAAUGUUGGCGCCCCAGUCAGUGACCAUCGUCUUGUUCUCCAGUUGGUCUCUGGUCUCACUGAGCCUUUUCGUGGUGUUGCCACCCUGAUCCGUCAGAGCGAGCCUUUGCCUCCUUUCCUCAAGGUCCGCUCCAUGUUGAUUCUAGAGAAAUCUGGUCUCGCCAGGAUGUCAGGUCCGACCUCUCAGACUGCUUUGCACACCUCUGCUUCCCGUCCACAGGCCUCCGUUGACGCCUCUCAGCAGCGCACCACCAACCGCAGCGAUCAGGGCCACUCCAACCAUCGUUAUGGGUCAGGGCAAAAUCGCAAUUAUCAGGGUGGUUCUGGUAAACCUAGGAAGAAAGGUGGCUCCCGUUAUCCUGGAUCAUCUGGCUCCUCUGGUUCCUCUGCUGCAUAUCCUCCACCCUGGCGCCCACCACCGCAGGCAUCCUGGAAUCCAUGGGGUUGGGCUUCUCCCCCUGGUUGGGCUCCUUCCCCUUGGGGCAUGCCUCCUUGUCCUUACCCCACAUCUCAGUGGUCGCGUCCCAUGGGUGUUCCGCAGCAACCCGGCGUUUUAGGUCCGCGUCCUCAGGCCUACACCGCUACUGCUUCUCCAGCACCCACUGAUAUCGCUGCUGCCAUGCACACCAUGUCCUUGACUCCUCCAGACACCACGUGGUACAUGGACACCGGCGCCUCGUCCCAUACUGCGGCAUCUCAAGACGGGGAUGCCUCUCCUGAGAUGUAACAGCCUCGGCGACCUCUACCCAGUCACUCGUUCCUCUCCCUUUGCUGGUCUUGCUUCUAGUGUCUGGCACAAUCGACUUGGUCAUCCAGCUUCCUCAGCUUUAAACCAUCUUAGGAAUAAUAAACUUAUUUUUUGUGAACCUUCGCGUUCUAGUUCUGUUUGUGACUCUUGUGUUUUAGGCAAACAUGUCCCGUUGCCUUUUCGUUCAUCUGAAACUAUUACUUUGAGACCAUUUGAUAUUUUGCAUAGUGAUUUAUGGACGUCUCCUGUUUUAAGUACUGCUGGUCAUCGUUAUUACGUUUUGUUUUUGGAUGAUCACACUGAUUUUUUAUGGACGUUUCCGAUUAGCAAG